AUGGCUAUUGACUACUCGAAAUGGGAUAACCUGGACACGGAUUCAGAGCCAGAAACAUCCCCUCCGUCAGUCCCUACCCCCCGAGCUCCCAUGCCAACAGCCCCACAAUCAGGUGUACCGGCCGUAGCAGCGCCAGUCACAAGCAGCACCCCAGGACCCAUCCAAGCCAUCAUUGUCCGGUGCGAUGUUGAGAGAACCAGAUUCGCGCCUUGGUCUGUGACAAUGAUCGAGGCGGAUCACCCCAUCUUCUCGAAUUUUGUGCCUCCUAUCCCAAGACUCAUCGAGGUUCCAUUAGUCUUCCACCGGGUCGGCACUCAUUCUGCAAACCGGGCCGAUCUCGACAAUCAAAUGGUCACAUAUCUCAACAUCGACCAUGAAUCCGGGUUUGCGCCCCCGAGCUGGCAGUCCUACGUCGGCACGGUGCUGGUGGCGCGAAAGGAUCAGAAGCCGUUGCGACCGCAGCAUCUGGAAGGCGUGGGGAUGUAUUGCGAUCACAUUUUGGAUCUCUUUGGAGAGGGAGAAGGUGCACCGGCACAUAUGUAUAAUAGACAAGCAUUUGAGCAGUGGUGGAAAGACUACUGCAAAGAGCAGAAGAAGUUACGGCCGGGAACCGGAGGCGACAACGAUCCGGAUGAUUGGCGAGCGGUGAGGUCGCCUUAUGAGAUGUAG